UGCCCUUGGGGCUCCGUGUCCUGUGGGCUCUUCCUCGGUCAGCAUCCGGGGAAAAUGGCGGCUGCUGCAGCCAGGGUCUGGCUGCGCGGGCUCGUGGGAGCCGCGGCGCUGGCCAGGGGGGCCGGGCGACCCUCGGUGCUGCUGCUGCCGGUGAGGAAGGAGAGCGCCGCGGCCGACACGCGCCCUACUGUCAGGCCAAAAAAUGACCUGGUCCACAAGCAGCUCUCAGCUUUUGGAGAGUACAUCGCUGAAAUCCUGCCCAAGUAUGUCCAACAAGUUCAGGUGUCCUGCUUCAAUGAGCUAGAGAUCUGCAUCCAUCCUGACGGAGUCAUCCCCGUGCUGACUUUCCUCAGGGAUCACACCAACGCACAGUUCAAAUCCUUGGCUGACUUGACAGCAGUGGACAUCCCAACGCGGCAGAACCGUUUUGAGAUUGUCUACAACCUGCUCUCUCUGCGCUUCAACUCACGGAUCCGUGUGAAGACCUACACAGAUGAGCUGACGCCUGUUGAGUCCGCUGUCUCUGUGCACAAAGCAGCCAACUGGUAUGAGAGGGAGAUCUGGGACAUGUUUGGAGUCUUCUUCGCCAACCACCCUGACCUAAGAAGGAUUCUGACAGAUUAUGGCUUUGAGGGACAUCCUUUCCGGAAAGAUUUCCCCCUCUCUGGCUAUGUUGAGUUACGCUACGAUGAUGAGGUGAAGCGUGUGGUGGCCGAGCCACUGGAGUUGGCCCAAGAGUUCCGCAAAUUUGACCUGAACAGCCCCUGGGAGGCUUUCCCUGCCUAUCGCCAGCCCCCUGAGAGUCUUAAGCUUGAAGCCGGAGACAAGAAGCCUGAAGCCAAGUAGCUCCUGGGAGGCGUGUGGAACCUGGAAAGUGCUUUAUCUAUAAAUGAGUGUCUGUAAAUAAAUUCCUACUUAGUCUCAUCA